AUGUCAUUAAUUAAAGCUCCUUAAUCUCCUUAAAUAAUCAAUCAUUUUAAAGAUUAAUCAAAGAAUAAUAAUAAUAAUAAAAUCUCAUAGUCAGUUAAAGUAGAAAAAUCAAGAAACUCUAUUAUUGAUGAAUAAGAUGAAUAAGCGACUGUAAUCAAAUAUAAAACCAGUUAAGGAGACUUUUUAUAAUUCGAUAAUUCUAUUUAAUAAAAAGGGUCUCCUAAUGAAACCAAUAUAUUAAUAAAUAAUAAUGAUUAAUCAAAUUCAUUAUAAAUCAGAAACCAAACUGAUGAUGCUAUGUUAUCUAUUUCACCAAAAGGUUGCUGUUUUUGUGGAAAUAUCUAAAAUGUAUUUCCUAUUUGUUAAUGUUCUCAAGCUCAUCAAAAAUGUGCUGAUUAAUACCUUUAAUAAGGUCCAUAUUUAGAACAAAUCCUAUGCAAAGAUUGUAAUUAAUAUAGACAUGUCAAUGGUGUUAUUAAUUUUGAUUUUAGUUAAUGGAAAUAAAGUAAAUCUUCUUUAUUAUUGGAAUGCUUAUUUUUAUUUAUAACUCUAGCUAUUUUUGGAGUUUUAACAUACUUUUCCUUUUUUGAAUUGUAUGAUGAAAUUGCCAAAGAUAGAUUAUUAAUCUCUUGUUUAGUAUUUUCAUUUACUGUAUGGUUUAUUUUACUCAUAUGCUUGAUAUCUAAGAUACUUAGUCAUUUUAAAAAAGUAAAGUUACUUAUUAAAAGAUUUGAUCCAAAAAAUGUGUAAUAUAAUUAGAAUUAUGUGAAUUUAAUGAUGAAAUUAUGA